CGGGUGAAACAGGAGAAGUGGGGAUUUUAGCUACAGCCACCGUUCAUUCGAGAACAGAGAAAUUAAGUCCUAGAAUGCUUUGGAUUGGAAGGGACCUUAAAGAUAAUCUAAUUCCACUCUUCCCCCCGCCAUGGGGAAGGACACCGGGAAGCCCAUCUCCUAACAAGUGUUCCAUGGGCGCGGCGUGGCCGUGCGCGUCCCGUUCUCCCGGCGAGCCGAACCCUUCCCCCGCCGGAGACGUGGGUAGUUUGAGGAGGAGACAGAAGGCGGCUGCGGGCACGGCAGCCGGGAUGCGGGCAGCGGCAUCCCCGCAUCUGCCGAGACCCCGGCUCGGGAGCGGCACCUCGGGCGGGGGCUGGGCAGAGGUCCUGCCGGUUUUUCUAGCCCUGCCCCCGAAUAACAGCAGCAGCGCCGGGGUGGUACAGCUCUAGAGGAAAGAAGGAUUUGUCUUCACGACUUGCAUUCCACUAUUUGAAUAGUGAAAGCACAAUGGACACUUUUUAGAGUUUUACAGAAAUCAAAAAUCAUCUAGGAACAAGAAUUUUUGGCUUUGAAGAAUAACAGACUUUAGAGAGGCCAGAAAUUGGCACCAGUAAACCAGAUUGGAAUGAAUACCAUUGAGACAGCGAAGCUUGAAGAGCAUAUGGAGGGUCAAAACAACGACAAUUCUAAUGGCUACUCACGACCUACUCUCUCAGUCAGUGAAGAGAAUAAAAGUGGCCCUAGCAAACCGAAAGGCUUGUCUAAUGGCUUGCGAAAAACAGGGAAGAAAUAUCCUGAUUACAUCCAGAUUGCUAUGCCUGCUGAGUCUAGGAACAAAUUUCCCCUGGAAUGGUGGAAAACGGGCAUUGCCUUUGUCUAUGCUCUCUUCAACUUGAUUCUAACAACUGUCAUGAUCACUGUGGUCCAUGAGAGAGUACCUCCAAAGGAGCUAAGCCCUCCCUUGCCCGACAAGUUUUUUGAUUACAUUGAUCGUGUGAAAUGGGCUUUUUCUGUAUCAGAAAUAAAUGGAAUGAUACUAGUUGGAUUAUGGAUAUUUCAGUGGUUGUUUCUUAGAUACAAAUCUAUAGUGGGACGCAGGUUCUUUUUUAUAAUAGGAACUUUGUAUCUCUACCGCUGUAUCACUAUGUACGUUACCACAUUACCUGUGCCUGGAAUGCAUUUUCAGUGUGCGCCAAAGUUGAAUGGAGAUUCUCAGGCAAAGGUUCAGAGGAUCCUGCGACUGAUUUCUGGUGGUGGUCUAUCCAUAACUGGAUCGCACAUCUUGUGUGGAGACUUCCUGUUUAGUGGUCACACUGUGGUAUUAACGCUGAUCUACCUAUUCAUCAAAGAGUAUUCACCACGUCAUUUCUGGUGGUAUCACUUAGUCUGCUGGCUAAUGAGUGCUGCUGGCAUAAUCUGCAUCCUUGUUGCUCAUGAACACUAUACUGUAGAUGUCAUCAUUGCUUACUAUAUCACCACACGGCUUUUCUGGUGGUACCACUCAAUGGCUAAUGAAAAGACUUUAAAGGUCUCUUCGCAGACAAACUUUCUCUGUCGAGCAUGGUGGUAUCCAAUAUUUUAUUUCUUUGAGAAGAAUGUGCAAGGAUCUGUUCCUUGUAGCUUUUCCUGGCCGAUCUCUUGGCCUCCCAGCUGCUUCAAGUCUUCAUGCAAAAAGUAUUCACGGGUUCAGAAGACAGGAGAGGACAAUGAAAAGUCUACUUGAAGAAAAGAAGGGAAGCAUCUGCUCUGUUUUUUUUUUACCAAAACAUUAAUGCUGUAACCAAAGCUCUUAAGAGGACUACACUGCAACUGAAGAAGUGGACCAAGCUUCUGUGCAAUUGAUUGGAAAGACAAUUGUAGAUGCGCAUAUUGCCAUUUAUGUUUUCUUGUUAUCAGGCUGUACAGACCUAUUCUACUCUUCAGUGCUAAUAGAAUGCACAACUUAUGGGUUUUUUUUAUUAAAGAAAAAAAUGGAGCAGGACUUUGCUUUACUAAUGAGAUAGAGGUGCCAAAGACCACAUUAACACUUUCAUUACUAACUAUCACUCAUCCACAGAAGCACCCAAAAAAAUCUCAUUCAGAGUUCUGGAGUGUGUAAGGGCAGAAAUAUCCUAAAAUGUAAAGGCACAAUGUCAGCAUAUUGAAGUAUAUAAAAAAUAACUCAGUUGUGGGAAGUGGUUGGUUGCGUUGUUAUUGCUAAUGAAGGUAAGGCCUUUGCAUGACUGGUACAGCUGUAAGGGAGUCUUGAUGUUUUUUACAACCUGCGCGUAUGAAUCUUAUGACCCCAAAAUACUGCUUACCACCGUUAUCGCCCAUGUAUUCUACUCUAUAGCAAUUUUUACAUUUUUAUUAGUAAUUUUAUAUUUCAACUGUUGUGCUACCUGAUGACUUUGAAAAUUAGGAAUAGCUGCUAAUAUUGGAGCUCAAGGAGCCUAAAAUUUUAUUUUUAGAAAAGGACUCAGUUUCCAAGUAUAAAUCUUUAAUUGCAGUUUGGCCUUGUGAAAAUAGCUAUAUAGUGCCUCUUAGUAUAUGUACGUGCAAAUACACACAGAAGCAUACACUGCUGUGCAGUUAAACAUAUAUUAAACAACACUACUUACUGGAAAGAGUGAUCAUACAGUUCUUAAUUCAGGCAAGAGUCCUACAUAUCUCACCUGCUUGAAUGCAAGGCCAAGUCCAAAAUGGGGCUAUAUUUAAAAUGUUUUAAUUUUAGUAGCUAUCUCUUACUGAAACUAUGUAGCAAGCUUGCUUGGGAGCCAUAGUUCUGCAUUGAAUUUCCUUUUUACCUGUUUGCACAUGUUUCUGUGACUUACUUUAAAAACCCAAAAAGUGCCAAGGUGAACACCUGCAACAAUAGCUUUUCUUCGUUUGUUACCUAAACCCAUUUAAUAGUAAAUGACACUGUGGUAGAACUCGCAUGGAGAUUCCUUUUUUUUCCCAGGGUUUUGGUCGAACUAAAAUGGCUAUUUAAGCAAAUUGGCUGAGAAUGUGGGAAACUACCAUGGCAUAAACAUGUACCAAACCCACAAAUUAACCACUACCCGGUUCUUGUUGGCUUUUAUUGUUUUGUAUUGUUGGGAAAGCAAAGUAGAAAAUUAGCAUACCAUGUUUAACCAUUUCUGUUCUGUAUUAACUUCUGCAGUUAACCUGAUUUUAUUUUCAAGUCUUCAUUAAAACCUGACAGCAAAAAUAAAACUGCAUUAAGUAUUGAAGAGCUAGUAAUAUGAAGGAAAUGCUGCUUUUUUAGCGAGUGUCUUGAAGUGAUUGCAAGUGUGAAUACAGUUUAAAUAAUGACAACUUGCUUUUAAGAAAUCCAGUUAUAAAAUGCAAUACAGAGUAUUCAAAUCUUUUUUUUUUUCAGUUAAGGGGAUCAAUUGCUGAGUUGUACAGGAGAAUAUUAUUUAUGUGCAUUUCAAAUAUUUUUGUGCAUUAUCAAAAUAAUACAAUAAACAAUGUUCCUUACAGUACAUCCUUGGUAAAACUUAGCUAAGAAAGAAAUUCUGCUGAUGUUUGGUUUUAUUUAAAAUAAUCUUCUUGGGAUCUUACUCUGCCCCUGGAAGUUGUGUGUAUGUGCAUACCUAUGUUUUCAUUUGCUUGCUCCUGGCAGACUUUGAGCAGCUAAAAAGACAGUAUCAGAAAUGUCUUUUUCAAUACUGUAAAUGUUAGUCUGUUGGAUGUCAGUCUGAAAGUCUCCCAACAUACCUGCUAAUCAAUGCUACUUCUUAGAGCAUAAUAUUUUGAACCUGCAUUUUAAGCGAAGUUGCAUCUUAAAUAUGGUCAUGUUAAGCCACUUGCAGUAAUACUAUCUUUUAGAAAUUGUGAAUGAGUGUCAUUAGCGGCAACCAUGCCUUGAAAAUAACAUGAUGAAAAGUGUUCCAGGCAGGAACAUAAACAGUGGUUUUCAUCUAGUGGAUGAAUAAUAAAUACUUUGAUAGUCUAGAUAGCUAAUUGUCUGCAUAACCAUCAUGGAUCUUGGUGGGAUUUCUGUAAUGUAUCUGCAAAAUGGAAUUUAUUCAUGCAGGGUGAGGUGUGUAGUUUUGUCCAAUUACGCGCUUUUCUGGAAGGUUUAAAUAUUGAAGGUGAUGAAAUAGAACCAAGUAAAUGUUAUGCUUUUGUUGGGCAGUGUAAAUUUUAAUUCUCCUGCAGACUUUCAUAGAAACUCCUUUUGUAAUGCAAAAGGAAAGCUUAAAUAGUAGCUCUAGCUCAGUAUACUUGAUUCCUAUUCUGUCUUGGUCCUUCUGCAAGUGCUUAAACUUUCCCAUUGUAUGAAAGCCCUCAAAAGUGAGUAUAUGUUUAAUUAGCAGAGAGCCACACUUCUCUGCCCUCAGUAGCUUUAUAUUUGCUUUUGUGAACUUGGAUGAUAUAGAUGUAUUUGAAAACUCUUUAGGCAUAUAUUUAAGGUGAUCGAAUGGGGUAAGUAAUGAUAUAUGCUAGAGCUUCCUGCCAUAGUAAUUUAUCCAAUACAAACCACAGCUGAUACAUAAAAACUAUUAAUUUGAGAACUUGGUGAUCUUUGUACAUAAAUACUAUGAAGCUAAAAAGAUGGUUUCAUCCUAAGAGGAAAAAAAGGAUUUCAGUUGGUUAAAAAAAAAAGACAAAAACCAAACCAACAAAAAACAACCAAAACCAGGGCAAACUUGGACUUUGCUCAACAUACUGAUUGCUUGGUUGUAGGCUUAUUUGGGCUGUAUGUGCCCAAUAUUUUGUGUUACGUCACUGUUACUUUUCAAUAAUAACUUUUCUUACAGACAUCACAGGAGCUGCGCCUGUACUGUGGCCAUAAAAUAAAAUGUUACUUCUCUCUACUAAAGAGCAUUUACAUGAACUUCCCACACACUUAAAAAGGGCACUAUGCAUAUACACCCAGCUUAUCAGUAUGACUUAGAAACUGUUGGGUGCUUUGCAUUUAUGAAAUGAGCUUAAAUGUCUACCCUAAAUUUAAACCUAGAUGUAAAAGGUUAACUUGAAUGUUUAAAGAAAUAGGCUGGUAUGUGGUCAUGCUAUAAAUGCUUAAUUCUGGUGCCAGCAAUGAUGAACUUAUACUUAAAACUGCUAUGAAUUGACGUUUUUAUGGUACGUGCUUAGCACUCCCAUGUGGACACAAAUGGUACUAAGCAUUAAUCAUUCUUCCUUGCCGCUUCCUUGGAAAGAUAGCUACAAGUGGGAUAGUAGUAAAAAGAGCUGUGCUAAACACUGCUAUGAACUCUAGUACUGGGUUUGCUUCCUUCCUUAAAAAAGGGGGAUGGGAGACAAGGAAGGAAAAAAAAAUCAAGACUGUGUUUAAGAUGCUAUCUUCAUUUAAGAGAAAUAAAGCUUAGUAACAGACAGAACUGGGAAGUAUUUUAAGAGAUGUGAGAUAAUUCUCUUAAGUGGAUUUGCUAUAAUCUAAUUAUCUGUAUCUUAAAUCAGAAUCUGUUCAAACUGUGGCUUUCUCCCAUCACUAGUGUCUGGAUAGACAAUUUACCCUAAGUUAUGUGGUACUAACCCAAGUUCUUUGUCCUUUCAGUAGAUAUGAAGUAUGAUUUACAGUUCUAGGGACCAGCUCCUUAGCUUCAGUGCAAGGUGAAGUUUUUCCACUUAGUCUUUUUUAUGUUAAAAAAAAAAAAAAGGCUGGGGAAAGUUCAUUUAAACUAUCUUAAAGGUGCAUGCAGUAAUUUUGAAAACACAUCCAAUUUAUCAGAUGUACUUGAACCAUUUUUCCUUAUUAGCAGACAUAACAGCUGUAAAAAUCCAUUGUCAUCUUGGUAUUUUACAGUAUGUUUUGGACUUACCUAGAAGUCUUCUAUAGAAGCACAGAAUUAGAGUGGUAUUGUAAGAUUGAAUACUUCUGAGUUUGUGUUCUAUACCAGGCAUUGUACAGUCUGUCAUAAGUUCAGUUACUGAAAAAAAGGGGUCUCCAUUAAAAAUAAGUGGUUCUGUUAGACGCCACUCAAAUGAGUAUUGAUGCCUAAGUGCAUGUGAGAAAAAUACUCCAGCAUAUCACUGAAGUAACUUGGCUUAUAAGUUAGCAUUCAUAUGCUACUUCAUGAUGCUUCCCAAUAUCUAAAAAACUCCACAAUUAUACCAGGAAACGGGGCAUGAAAAGAAAUGCUUUUGUGGUACUUGCAAGAAAAACAAAAUAAGGUUAAAACAUUGAACUAGAUAGUGAUCUUUUUCUUUUUCUUUUUUUAACAUUAGAAUGAGCUACACGUACACCUAACUUUUAAGUAAUGUAGGAUUAAAUUGUUCACAUGUAAUAGUGGUUCCAAAAAAAAAACCCAUAAGGAAACAGGCAGUAUGAACCACUUCAUUCUACAGUACAGAUGUGUCUUGUGCUGGAUUAUACUGUGCUGGUUCUCAUCUGUAACUUACAAUGUAAAAAGAAAAUUCAGUGAGAGAAGCUUAGAGAUCUUAAACUACUUAAAUAUGAUUAGCAAACUUUCAUAAGCUGUUCCCCCAAACAGUCAUAAAUGCUUUCUAAAACAAGAAGAAAGUAUAGGAAAAAGUUCCUAGUUCUGAACUUACCUGUUACUUCAGUAGAUAAUAUUUUCUAACUUUUCUAACAAAUGGAAUUCCUGAAUGACUCUUUAAGAUGUAGCAAUGAUACUGUGUGGUCUGUAGAGUGUAUCUGAAAUACUGGUGCGAGGAUUCCUUCUCUCAAUGAAAAUUAGUGCUUCCAAAUUCAGGAAGAUUUGACAUAUUCUCAAUUAAAAUAUUUUAAUUCCUAAGGACUUAGUUUAGCACACACUAUAAGAAGCUUAUGUUCUGUGCCUGUUUGCUGUGGACUAACCUUUAACAUAAAGAUGCAGCCUAGGCAGGAGGAGAGGGCAAACUGGCUCUUGCUGGAAAAAGUACAUUGUGACUUUUUUGAAUUAAAAUUUUAUUGGCUGCAUCCUAUGGGAAGCCUUAGCCAUAAUACAGUUUAAAAAAAAAAAAAGCUGUAUUAUACCAUUGUAUUUAGAGUUGACUCUUUUUCACAUUGUAUUGGUUGGCCUAGUCCUCCCCCUGGAUGAGAAGCGAGUGGUUUUGUUCUUCACUUGUUGUGUGGUUAGUCAUAACUGGGUUUAGUUCUGGUAAAUGUCAAUGGAAAAAAUGUGGAUCCAUUGUAUACAGUGCCUAGGGUGCUUUUAAAGACUCAGUGUGAGGUUUCUACUAGUAGAAAUAUUUCUUUCAGGCCUCGCCUAUAUAAUAGUAAUUUCUACUCUUGUAUUUGCUCUCUGCUUAAUAAGGUCUUUGGGAGGUUAGCAUUUGUCAAACUGUAAAGUUAUUACAGAAGGAUCUCCUUUGUGCCAGUUGAGGUUAAUUUUCACAAAUGGCUGAAAUGUGUUUGAAGGUGACUUUUGCCUUUCUUUUUUUUUUUUAAUUAAAAGUAGUCAGAAAACAGUCUGAAGUAAAGGCAUCACGAGCAGUUGGCCGCACACAGGCACAUGUAUGUGAAGAGGGCCUCUGCUGCAUAUGCAAGAGUGGAUGCAGUACACAGAGGCUUCACUGGGAAGGUAAAGUAGGUUGUACAUAUACAGGCUGUGAGCCACCUUUGCUUGUCAUUUUGAGCCCCUUUCCAGCUGAAGGCACAGUACCAAAGGUGGCAGUGGCUAAAAAGCGUAGGGAAAAUCGCUUGCAACCCAGAAAAUUAUGAAAGGGACUGAAGGGAUAGACCACUGUAAAACUGAUUGUCAGAGAGCUGUGUUGUAAUUCAACAAAGUAUAUAAUCUGGUGUUACCUCAAGUAUGUGAGUUGCAUUUAAAGUGAGGGGGUCCAGUUUAUUAUUAUUAUUACUGUUAUUAUGAUUUUAAUUAGAGAUAGCAGAAGUGUUGAGAAUAUUGAGGAAAUUUAUUUCCCUGCUUACUUUUACCUUUACCAGUGAAGUGUUUGUAGAUGGACCUUACCAAGUACUGCUAAACUCCAGCCCCUCUUUCAUUUUGAGUAACUUAUCAGUGCUUUGCUGCUGUAAAAACUGGGUUUGCAUUCCACUUUUUUCAUAGUUUGCCACUCAGAAUGCUGAUUACACUUCAGCCUCAGCUGCUUUGGGCUCCUGUCUUAAUUUAACUGUCUCUUUUAAAUGGCUCAAUACAGAAGAACAAGGGUUUACAUUUGAGAAGGCUCCAAAACUAACACUAAAGCCAAAAGGUAUUAUCAUCAGACAUAUCUUUGCACAUUUUGACACUUGAAAUUAUUUUCAAGUACAAAACUUAACAUCCUAGGGCAUACUCCUUAUCUCAGGAAUCAAUUUUUGCUUUUUAAAUGUUUAGUAUGUUCAUUUGUGUUUAUUUUCCUGAUUCAGAACAGCAUGUAUAAGAUGAGAAAGAGAGAUUCUGGGUAGUUUCUGAGGUCAGGGUCACACCGAGGAACCUGAAAGUAAAAGAGGAAAUAAUGUUUCUACUGUGUUUCUUGUGUUUUGCAUGUGACUCUGAGGAGAACUCUAAAGACUUCUGUAAAAAUGUUACAGGACAUCACUCUUAACUGCAACAUCCUCAUCAGCUGAGAGGUUUUCUUGCACAAUUUCUCCUAGAUUGAAUCCAAAAAUCUGUAUAUUAAUUGGAGCUAUGUAUCCCAGCUGGAAAAUUAGGCAAGAAAAGUUGUUGGCUCUUGUGGAACCCUAGGUGGUGAUACAGGAAUGCUGGAAUGUUCGCAUUAUAAGGAUCUACUUUAUGACCUUUUAUAUAUAGCAUUAGGGUCCAGUUCUGCAAAUGCUGUAUGGAAUAACGCUACAAUAACAAAUGAUGCUUUAAUACUUAGACCUUUUGUGUUGUAGUUUCUACUAGUGUUUGCAAACUGGGCCUCAUUUUUACAUAAAUUGUUCAUCAUUAGAAAGAGUUAGCUUUUAUGCUGCAAAACUUUCAAGAUGGCACUUUCUAGCAUGUCAGCUGUUUUGGUUAAGUGGAUGACAACUCAGUAAUUUGGUUUGUUUUGUCCCAUGAGAUACUAGAGUUGUGGUUUGUAAGACAUUGCAAUCCAUGUUCACUGUGGAAAAAAAAUAAUUGCACUAGCUGUACUUUUAAAAAAAGCAAUAAUGUCAGCAUCUUGUAGCUUUUAUCUCCAAAGGUGCUAUCUGUCAUGAUCACUUGCACUGUUAACCAUGAAUUUGGUAAAAACAUGUUAAAGAAAUUGUCCUAGGUGGUUUAAGCCCCACACUCCGGGCACUGGUGCCGAGUGAAAAACUCCCCACAGUUUACUUAGCACAUACAAUUUGGGAUUUUAUAUGGUUAGCCUGUGUAGUAACAAAUGCAAUACUUUGCAGGGCUGCUUACAUGACCACACACAUCAAAAAUCAAAACCCCAUGUCCAUUUAUGGUGCUAAUGAUCUCUUAAUUAUCAAAAGCUGGUAUUCUCUUCUUAAUGGCGAACAUUCAGGAAAGCUGUUGUGACACCUUUUCAAUAAAGCAAAAUUUCUCUGCACUUUAAGCCUGUUCCAAAUGCUUUUUAUGUAAACAUGACCCUUUUCUAAUUCUGUUCUAGAAGAACAGCAAAAUACUGUAGUAAGUAUUUUUAAUGCAGGAAAACGUUAGGAGAGUGUAUAGGUCUAGACUAUACAUCCAAGACUAAAUUUUCAUAGGUGCUUAUGAUAGCUAACCUUCUGAAACUUGGCCUAAAAUACAAGGAUUAUAAUCGGUAGGAUAACUAAAGCAUAGGCUAAUAGUUUAAAAAAAACCAAAACCCUCUGACAUCAUCAGUGUCAAAGCCUUGGAGACAGAGGGCAUGUGAAAUGAACAAAACUGUAUUAGGAGAACACGGAUUAUGCAGUGUAAAUCCAUCUUGCUGAAACUUUUGAAAAACAAACUUGUGAAAGAACAUGAUCACUAACCAUAUCGGAAGAACAGAAGGGAAAUUUGAUGUAAUUAACAAGGCAAUUCUAUAGCAGAAAAAAAACCCCACAUGAAAGAUCCUUAAACUAGGGUUGUUUGCAUUGCAGAAUAGCAAAGUGAUUGUCUAUCUUUGUUUUAAAGCUUCACGAGCAAUCUCCUCUUAAGAUGAAAAACUGUCAAGUGCCUUCUGUUGCAGAAGACAAUGUUGCUCUCGCCCCACGUACACACCUUUCGUCGUGAUUUUGUUGCAUUUAAUGCAACAAAGUACUUCAAAAUCUUUCCCAGAGACAUCUUUGCGCAGCAAUACCUACACUUUUUCUCUGUGGAGAAUACAAAGCCUUUAGUUGUUGUUAAAGGCAACUUCUCAACUUGCAAUUGUAAAAGUGUCUGCCUGUAACACAUUUGGAAAUACUAACAUAGCCUGCUCUGAAAUAAGAAUUAUAUUCUUAAUUGAUACAGACAGGUUAACAUGCAGAGCGGGAGCCGUGUCCAGGUACAUGCUGAGUGAGCAGGGUGCAUGUACAGCACUGCAUACACCCUGAUGUUUUGGUCACUAGACUGCUAUUAUUCAUAUACUGGAAUAAGUUCUCUUGAAUCACUUGCAUCUAGUACUUCAAGAAAUAAACAGGCUUCUCUAAUAUCUAUUUUAUGGAACUUUGGUGUCUGUGGAAAGAAUAUUCCAGAUCUAGAGUAACUUCAUUUAAAGCAGAAACAAACCCACAGUCUAUGAUUAAAAAUGCUCUGCCAGCCCUGCUUUUGAGUGAAGGCAAUAAUCUGUGUUGUGUUUUGCUACUUCUCUGAGCACUUGCUUUAAUAGUAGGACACCUGGAAGAGCCAAAGAUAGAACAGUUCUAAGCCACAUUGAAAUAUAACUUCCCUAUCUUUUAAUUACUAGAUGCUUCAGGAAAAAUGGGUUGUCUUUUUUUAACUUACAAAAAAAACCCCCGUGCAAUAUUGGGAUAAAAGGCUGUGUGCUUAAAUGCCCUGCAAAAACAAAACCUUUGUGAGCAUGUGAUGCGCACUUGACUGAGAGCAGAUUUUUAGCAUUAGCGUCUGCUGUGAGUCACAGAAACGUGUUUGUCAGUGCACUUGUCUAACUCGGAGCUCUCAAAUAUUUUCAAUAUUCUUUUGACAAGGAGAGUGUUCUUGUGAAUAAAGUGCCUGUGGAAAUAAAAAGGUGCCUGCAAGCUGAAAUAAAGCACAUAAAAACACAGCCCGUACUUGAAGAGAAUGGGUGUUAACAACUGUAUUGAAUAACUGGUCAACAAGCAUUGAUGAGAUUGAAAGGCCAAGAUGAAGUUUGAGAAAGGAAUAUUAUGUUGCUUUUGAGAGUUUGCUGUGUUAAUUAAACUUCCAGUGUUUGGGCCUUUAAUCUAACUUUGUUAUCCUUAAAGAAAAAUAAGUUACUUUGAAAUAUUGUCUUUUUUUUAAAACCCUCAUUUUAAUGAUGGACUUUGGAGUUUUUGUUUCUUUAGUAAAUGGAGGGGGGUUUACCUGUUAAAAGUAGAAUCAUUAAAUGCUUUGAUUACUCAGUUUAGCGCAAAACAGUUUGAGGAAUGGAUUUUCCAUAAGUGCGGAAUUAAAUGGGGGUGUUUUUUAUUAAACCGAUACUAGGGCUGAAGAAGAAUGAUUUCAAAGGAAAGCCUCAUAGUCCUAAAACUUGUAUAUGUAGUUAUUUGAGGUAUGCAGAAUAUUAGUAAAGUACUUGUUUAUAUUUUACUGUUAGUUUUAUGCUUUAAAAAGAGGCUAUUUGAUUCAAAUUUUAAUUGGGAAAACUGACUUUAAUUUUGUAACAACUUCUCUUAUAGUUACAUAGAAACAUCCAUUUAAUGACAUUUCAGUGUGAAGCUUACAUUUCAUCAGUAAAUUCACUUAAAACUGUGAAAGUAGUUUCAUUUUAAUCAAAAUUAACAUGAAGUUUAAUGUCUGGGCAACAUAGAAUUGGCUAUGUGCCACUGAAAACAAUCUUCCAAGUGCAUAUUGAAGCAAGGAGGGAGUUUAUCCACUCCUCAUCCGGACUGAGAAGGAAGUGAGGCUCGAUUACCCUUCUGUAAAGAAAAUGGGCAAAAAAGGUAAUGUUUCAGCUGUACUGAAUAGUAUAGCUGCUUAUUUUCUGACUGUAGAAAUUAAACUUUCCUUGGCUCAGCUUUAAAAUGUUUAUAGUUCAGCUGAAUUUUCACCUGUUUAUCUAUAUUUUUCUAAUAGAUGUCUUUUACUGGUGUAUAUUGUAAUUAACCACCGAGUUUCUGCUAAAUAUGGACAAAGAAAAGUGUGUUCUGUUCUGCCAAUUUAAAUCUGUGAUAUUAGUUUUUCUACUUUGUUUCAUCCAUGGCUAGUAAAAUAUCCAUUUGCUGUUUAUAUUAGAUUAAAGAGAGAUUGCAUCCAGUUGCCUUAAUUGCUUGAAGGAAAGUUGACCUUGACCACUUCAAGCUUUAUUUGUUUCUAAAAUUCCUGUAACUUCUGUAUAACUGCAAUAAAACCUUUUAAAUAUAGUCCAGCUGCUAUUUUAAGAGCCGCUUGUCACUAUUGUUACUGAACAUUCAACUAUUUACAGAAAGGGUGGUGUGUUGUGUUUUCUAUGGGUAAGCACCAUUUUUUGGUUGCAUUUUUGUUUCUUGGAGGUCACUUUAAAGGUGCUGUACUUGUGUUUUGCCUGCUUGUGUUUGACUUUCCCUUUUAGUGAAGGAGUAUCGAGAGUGUUUACUGAAA